CAUUUCAGUUCGGUGGUAAUUUUUCCGCGAAUAGGUUCGUUCUUUGCGUUUCGGUUUAUUAGUUUUUAGUAUUAUCGGGCGAUUCGGAAGAUUCUUCGAGCGGGUGUCCUUUCUCGCGACAAACUAAAUGAAUAAUUGAUGCAGUCGAUGGUUCCAGAGAAGACCAGAGGUGAUAACAUUUGAAGACUUCCUCGAAGUGCGAUUUCGGAGGAUCGUGUGAGAAUUAUUUUCUAGUGGAUUUCUGUUCUGUUCAAUCAUAGAGUCCUGAAGCUAGUGCUUGAAAAUGAGGAGCACUAUAAUAUUGCUCAGUUUACUGGUGACGACAUGCAAAGCGGACAUUUCAACGAUCAUCAAGGGCAGUUAUUCCCGCAACGAUAUCCUCGCUGACGAUGGCUACCACUACGAUAAACCAAAGAUCCCAUUUGAAACACCAACCCGUCCUCCACGGCCUCCUCCACCGGUAACGGAGAAGAAAUGUCCAGCCUCUCAGCAAAAUCCAGAUGGAAGCUGUGGUUACGACUACCCUAUACCAGACCAAAGUUUCACACUGCCAAGCCAGUAUCAGCCACCGAGGACUACACCUCGACCAACGACCACCACAAGGCCACCCACUACAACCACCACCACGCGAAGAACGACUACGACAAAUCGUCCAACGACGACGACUACCCGACGCCCUCCACCUCCAACAACACGGAAGCCUGAUUGCCCACCUCAAGCUCAAAAUCCAGACGGAACUUGUGGAUACUUCUAUCCAAAGCCGGAUGAGUCCUUCACUCUUCCACAACGAGUAUCAACCACCACUCCAAGGCCUACGACUACUACCACCACCAGGAGAACUACACCACCACAGGAGUACCUUCCGCCUACAACGACCACAAGGCGAACGACGCCAAGGCCAACCACAACCACUAGGCGAACUACGACAACAACUCGACCACCAACAACUACGAGAUGUCCACUCGGACAGCAGAACCCAGAUGGAACCUGCGGAUAUGUCUAUGAACGACCAGAUUCGAGCUUCACGGUUCCUCAACGCCAAACAACCACUCGUCCGACAACGACCACUCGACGUCCGACUCCUCCACAAGAAUACCUGCCUCCUACCACAACGACAACCAGGCGAACGACGACUACCACAAGACCUACGACGACUACUCGUCGUCCAACUACCACCACACGAAGGAUAGUUCCGACAACGAAGUGUCCUCCAUCGCAGCAGAACCCCGAUGGAACCUGUGGAUAUAUCUACGAAAAACCAGAUCAAAGUUUCACCAUUCCUCAGCGGGUGUCAACAACCGCUAGGACUACCCCUCGUCCAACGACUACGACCACCCGAAGAACAACUACUACAACUCGUCCUACUACCACUACGACUAGAAGGACUACUACAACGCAACGGCUGACUACUACCCGGUGCCCUCCAUCACAGCAGAACCCCGAUGGAUCCUGCGGAUACGUCUAUGAAAAACCAGAUCAAAGUUUUACCAUUCCUCAGCGGGUGUCAACAACCGCUAGGACUACCCCUCGCCCAACGACUACGACCACCCGAAGAACAACUACUACAACUCGUCCGACUACCACUACGACUAGAAGGACUACUACAACGCAACGGCUGACUACUACCCGGUGCCCUCCAUCACAGCAGAACCCCGAUGGAUCCUGCGGAUACGUCUAUGAGAAACCAGAUCAAAGUUUCACCAUUCCUCAGCGGGUGUCAACUACUCGUGCACCAACAACAACCAGACGCACGACAACUACCACUCGUCCACCCACGACAACAACCCGUCGAACUACCACCACCUACCGAACGGUUCCAACGACCAAGUGUCCCCCGUCGCAACAGAAUCCGGAUGGAUCUUGCGGAUAUUUCUAUGAGAAACCAGAGGAAAGCUUCACUCUACCUCAAAGAGUGACUACAACUACUACCCGACGAACUACAACCACUACCCGUCUAACCCCAACCACUCGUCGUACAACGACGACGACCAGAUGCCCGCCAUCGCAACAGAAUCCAGACGGUUCCUGUGGGUACGUCUACGAGCGACCUGAUCAGACCUUCACCGUCCCUCAGCGUGUAAGCACUACGAGGUAUACAACAACUACCACCCGACCGACUACCAGGCGAACCACUCCACCACAAGAGUAUCUACCACCGAGGACGACAACCACAACUAGGCGAACUACAACCACUACUCGACCAACGACCACAACUCGUCGUUUAACUACGACGACCAGGUGUCCUCCAUCGCAGCAGAACCCGGAUGGUUCUUGCGGCUACGUCUACGAGAAACCUGAUCAGAGCUUCAACACACCCCAGCGGGUUACCACCACGAGGCCUACCACCACAACUACUAGGUUAACGACGCGCCGAACUACACCUUCCCAGGAGUAUCUACCCCCAACGACAACCAGGAGGACUACGACCACUACCAGGCCUACAACCACCACUACUAGGAGAACGACGACCACAACUCGUCGUUUAACUACCCAGCGAACCGUACCAACGACUAGGUGUCCGCCAUCCCAACAGAACCCGGACGGUUCCUGUGGAUAUGUAUACGAAAAACCAGAACAGAGUUUCACCGUUCCACAGAGGGUGUCAACUACGCGACCUACCACCCGUAGAACUACUCCACCUCAGGAGUAUCUACCACCAAAGACUACUACACGCCCAACCACUACCACCAGGCGCACAACAACGACAACUCGGCCGACAACGACGACCACUCGUCGAACGACUACCCCCUAUCGAACGGUUCCAACGACGAAGUGUCCUCCAUCGCAGCAGAACUCAGAUGGAUCCUGUGGUUAUGUCUACGAGAAGCCCGAACAGAGCUUCACUCUACCACAGCGGGUACCGACUACUCGUCCAACAACCACUACCACCAGGCCAACCACUCGCAGAACCACACCUCCACAAGAAUACCUACCUCCCCGCACUACGACCCGUCCAACGACAAGGCCACCAACUACCACUAGGCGAACUACCACUACAACUCGUCCACGAACGACGACCACUCGACGCCAGACGACCACUCAGUGUCCACCCUCGCAACGUAAUCCAGAUGGAACGUGUGGUUAUUUCUAUCAAAAACCAGACAGCAGUUUCACACAACCACAACGAGUGCCUACCACGAGACCCACGACGACGACCCGUAGAACAACUCCCUCGCAAGAGUAUCUACCGCCGUCUACAACGACCACAAGAAGGACCACAACCACAACAAGGCCAACAACGACUACAAGGAGGACUACAACCACAACAAGGCCAACUACCACGACAAGACCAACGACCACACAGUGUCCUCCUUCGGAACGCAAUCCGGAUGGAACUUGCGGUUAUUUCUACGAAAAGCCCGAGAGUAGUUUCACACUACCACAAAGGGUGACUACCACCAGGCCGCCGACGACCACCACACGAUUGACGACCCGCAGGACAACUCCUUCGCAGGAGUAUCUUCCUCCUUCAACAACGACGACUACCAGGAGGACUACGACAACAACCACAACGCGAAGGCCUACGACAACGACUACAACGCGAAGACCUACGACCACAACCCGUCGUCCGACGACCACACAGUGUCCACCAUCGGAACGCAAUCCGGACGGAACGUGCGGUUACUUCUACGAAAAGCCAGACAGCAGUUUCACCCAACCCCAGCGAGUGACAACCACCAGGCCGACGACGACCACCACACGGUUGACAACCCGUAGGACAACUCCCUCGCAGGAAUAUCUACCACCGUCAACGACGACCACUAGAAGGACCACGACCACGACGAGACCAACGACCACGACGAGACCAACGACCACCACUCGUCGUCCAACGACAACCCAGUGUCCACCGUCGCAGCGCAACCCGGAUGGAAGUUGCGGUUAUGACUACGAAAAACCGGAGAGCAGCUUUACGCUACCACAGCGGGUGACGACCACAAGGCCGACGACCACUACCACCAGGCGAAAAACUACCACUACCCGUAGAACUACUCCUGCUGAGCAGUACUUGCCACCGUCCACAACUACGACUACAAGACGCCCAACGACGACAACCACUCGUCGACCAACGACGACUACGACUACCACGCGAAGGACAACUCCAGCCCAGGAAUAUCUGCCACCGAGUACGACGACGGUCAGGACUACAACAACGACGAGACCAACCACCACCACUACGAGGCGCACAACUACGACAACCCGAACUACCACGCGGCCAACCACUACCACCACCAGAAGGACUACACCAGCCGUUGAGUACCUACCUCCAUCUACCACCACAAGGCGAACAACCACAACCACAACGCCUCGCCCUACCACGACCACAACGACCCGUCGUCCGACAACAACCCGCCCAGCAACGACCACGGAACGGAAGUGCGCGGCUUCCGAAAUCAACCCGGACGGUAGCUGCGGAUACGACUACCCGCAACCACCGAGACCGUUUACCAUUCCACGACCAGUGCCGACCACUGCUGCUCCGGAAUACCUUCCACCUGUGGUCGAGGAAUCGACCGGGUACUCAUAUCCGAAACCUGCCAUACCCUUCAACUUCUAAGCACCUUGCUGGUGCAAUGCUCAACAUUUUGAAUGGCUGAACAAAAUCACUGUAAAUAGCUCUUUAGUUAGACUUAAUUCCCCUCAUUUCUACUCAACAACCAAAGCCUUCAUCUAUUCCAAAUGAAAAAUGGAAAAUCUCUUCGUAUUUUCACCUUAACUCUAUACAAAACGGAACACUGCCACCCUCUUUUGCAUAUUUUGUAAGGAAAAUUUACUCACCACUCAGUAGUUGCUUAGGAAAAAAAACUUUUACUUUUAAGUUCACGUUUAGUUCACGAAAAUAACGAUGAAAACCGCCAGAUGGCAGUUGCGUUGCUCUACCACCGUUUGAUAUUUUUACUUUCUUUCGAGGUUAGGUAACUCAAGUCCGUCACUGAAGCAUCAAUGCACCUAUUUAACUGUUGUAUAGAGCUACGAAAUCAAUACUCAAUCGUUUAUGUUAUAGAAGAAUGUGUUUGUAUGGAGACGGAGUUAUAAACUUUUUUGCAAACAAUGUGAUCUACAAUUGUGUAGUGCGAUAGAAAUUGUUGAUGAUAAAUGUGUACUGUCAAUCGGAUAGUGGAUGCGAAUCUAUGAGAAUUACCGUAGGAUAGAAGUAUGUACAAUAAAUCAUUGAA